UGGAUGCAGGGGAUCCCUCUACUCCUGGGGACCAGCGGAUCCCAGCUCCUCUCUUCCCUCUCUUCCUCCCAAUCCAAACCCUAGGGGGACAAAGACAAAAUUUAGCCCUAUACUGGGAUCCCAAAUUGAGAAUUGAUCUUUCAGGAAACAAUGGCAGAAGUAGAACACAUGGACGUUGAGAAACCGGGAUGCUCUCCAAGAGUAGAUAUGUUUUUUGACAGUGAAAAUGAGGCAUAUGAAUUCUACCGCACGUAUGCUGAAAAUACAGGAUUCUUCAUUAGAAAAUCAAGACAAUGGACUACUUCCAAAAACAUUAUCACAAGAAGAACUUUUGUGUGCUUUAAACAAGGCUUCAAAGAGAAAAGGAAACGAGUAAAGGAGUCCUUAUGCCCACGUCCUGAAAUAAGAACCGGUUGUGGAGCUUGCAUGACCAUCAGACUCACUCCCAAUGGAAGAUAUAAAGUAACAGAGUUUGAGUCCAGUCACAAUCACAUGCUCGAAACGCUAUCAAGAAUUAACAUUAUGAAGUUGAAGAGGAUGAAGCGAAAACCUUGUGCCAUUAGAGCUGACCUCGUGGAUGAGACUGUGAAUACACCAGAAUUUGACACGGAGGAAGAGGCCUAUGAGUUCUAUAACAUGUAUGCUGGAAAAGUAGGAUUUACUGUAAGAAAAGCGAAAACAACGGUGGGUCCUGAUAACGUUGUCACAAAACGGGUAUUCGUGUGUUCAAGACAAGGUUUUCCAGAGAAUAGGAAGGAAUGCAAGAGAGUAAUUCGUCCACACACGAGAAUAGGUUGUCCUGCUUGUAUGAUAAUCAAAAUAGCACCUAAUGGGAAGUAUCAUGUAUCGGUGUUUGUUACCCGACAUAAUCAUCAGUUGGCAAGUCCUGCAUCAGAGGAAUUGAUAAUUUCCGAUAGUGCUGAAGCAGAUGACACAUUUAUUACACGGGCUUUCACUGAUAACUCUUCUCAGGGAACAGACCAACCGGAAACUGAUUUAGUAGUUGCUGAGGGUACUAAGAUUUAUCCUCAAAUCGGUCAUAUGAAAGAUGUCCAGAUUGGAGAUAUAGGGGCUACAUUGGAAUAUCUACAGAAAAUGCAGGAUAAAGACCCUUCAUUCUUUUAUGCUUUGCAGGUUGGUGAAAAUGAUGCUAUGACCAACUUUUUUUGGGCAGAUGCAAAGUCUGUGAUGGAUUUUACCUACUUUGGCGAUUCGAUUUGUUUGGACACAAGUUACAAAAUGUUUGGCUAUGGCAGGCCGCUUAUACAAUUCAUUGGUGUGAAUCACCACAAUCAGGAGGUACUUUUUGGCUCAGCAUUCUUAUAUGAUGACAGUACGAAAUCUUUGAAAUGGUUGUUUGAGGUGUUCAGGAUGGCAAUGAGCAGUAAACAACCAAAAACAAUAUUCACUGAUCGGUCUGUUGCAAUUAAUGAGGCAUUAGCUAUGGUAUGGCCUAGUGCAGAUCAUCGGUACUGCUUAUGGCAGAUUUACCAAAAUGCCAGCAAGAAACUAGGUCUAGCAUUUCAAGGGUCAAAAACCUUAUUGCUUGAAUUCAGCAGAUGCAUCUUUGAUUAUCAUCAUGAAAGAGAAUUCACUUCGGCAUGGACAUCAAUGUUAGAAAAGUAUGAACUCAAAGAUAACCUAUGGUUGGCUAAGCUGUUUGAGGAAAGGGAGAAGUGGGCUUUGGCUUAUGGGCGGCAUGCAUUUCAAGCAGAUUUAAAGGGCACUCAACAGAAGGAAACCUUAAUUUGUGAGUUAAAGAAACAUUUAAGCCUGGAAACUGAUCUCUUGUGCUUUUUCGUACAUUAUGAUAGGAUAUUUAAUGAGCGACGACAUGCUGAAAUACAAAGCAAUGUCCAUGCCCAUCCAAAUAACCCGAAAUUUCCUUCUGUGCGUGUACUAAAACAAGCUGCUAGCUCAUAUACACAUGCUGCCUUUGAAAUAUUCGAGAAAGAAUUCCACUUGUAUAUGGAUUGUGUAUUGUACAAUUGCGGUGAGGUUGGCACAAUGUCUGAGUACAAAGUUACUACUGAGGAAGGAGUUAAAGAUCACUUUGUUAAAUUCGACUCCUCAGACCUUUCUGCCUCAUGCACUUGCAAAAUGUUCGAGUUUGUGGGAAUCCUAUGUCAUCAUGUGUUAAAAGUACUAGAUUCGAGAAAUAUAAAAGAUUUGCCGCAACAAUACAUCUUGAAGAGGUGGAGGAAAGACGUCAAAGGUGGAAUAAGUGGCGAUCGUAUGGAAUUGACUGAGGAUGACACUCGAUCGUUUCGAGCACAAAGAUAUAGUCAUUUGUGUCGCGUCUUUAGUAUAGCUGCAGCAAGGGCUUCAAAAACUAUAGAUUCUUAUACAUUCCUUGAAAGCCAAUCACAUGUAUUGAUAGAUCAGGUGGAGAAAAUAUUGAGCUGAGUAAAAAGAUCUCUUUUCUGUGAACCAUUUGAUUGUACACUUUGCUUCAUAUUCAAAUAAGUACAUGGUGUUUGAGUGAAA